UUUAUUGAUUGAAGUAUUUGGAAAGGAUAAAUGUAUUUUUAUCCAUGGGAUUUAUUUCUUCCAUCGAUUCAAUGACUUAUUAAAAUUCAAAACAAGUCAAAAGUCCUGAUCCCCACUCCCUCCUCUACAUGCGCAGUGGAUCAUUAUGUUUUCUUAACCUGCAUUCGACGUAGUCGAUAGAAAACACGUGUUUGGAGUACAUAAAUACACGUGAAAUAAUUUUGUACGGAUUUGAUAGAAUUACUUAUUCGUAAUGAACGUCAAUAUUAUACCUUGCACCACGUGGGUGAAGCGAGGAGUCGCAGCUCCCAAUCCUGAAAAAGUUCAACUGACGCCUGAAGAAUUAGAGGGAAUUAUCAAGAAGACGCAGACAGAAAUAGAGGAUUUGGACAGUGAUUCGGAUGUCAAUACCCCGAGUACACAGAGCGGUCCAUCUAGAUCGAAUGCAGAGCCCACAGAAUCAACAGAUGAAUUUAAUUUUGAAAAUUACGAUAAUGAAGAUGGAAAUAUUCAUUGUAACAUCGGUGGAUUAGCAGUGAUAAAUGCCCAUGGCAAAGAUCCAUUUGUGACAGUCGACGAUGACGAGGAUGAAGAUUCAGAAAAAGAGGAUGAUGUGAUAAAGGCAGAUGACAAUCUUGUUCUCGUUGCGCACGUUGAAGGAGAUGCUAGUAUUCUGGAAAUAUUUGUUUACAAUGAAAAGGAAGGAUCAUUUUAUUGCCACCACGAUCUCCUCUUACCUGCAUUUCCUUUGUGCUUGGAAUGGCUGAAUUUCGAUCCUUCUGACGCCAAACCCGCGAAUUUAUGUGCCAUCGGGGACAUGACAUCGAUAAUUAAAGUUUGGGAUUUAGAUUUGAUCGAUUGCCUCGAGCCGGCAUUUACUCUAGGCUCAAAACCCAAAAAGAAAAAGAAGCAAAAACGUGUGGGACAUAAAGACGCCGUCUUGGAUCUCGCAUGGAAUUGUAAUUAUACACACGUGUUGGCAAGUGGUUCGGUGGACCAAUCAGUGUUAUUAUGGGAUUUGGAAAAUGGUACACCAGUCACGAAAAUCAAUCAUUUCGCUGAGAAAGUUCAGUCCAUUGCGUUUCAUCCCUCUGAAACCCAUCAUUUACUAACUGGAUGUGCAGACAGUACAGCUAGAUUAUUCGACUGUCGUGUUGACGAUACUUUCAAAUCCUGGGAAGCUACUGGUGAAGUGGAGCGCGUUUUAUGGAACCAUUUCGACCCAAAUUAUUUCUUUAUUAGCACAAAUAAUGGGAAUAUCGAGUGUAUCGAUGUGAGACAGGGUCAACACGUGUGGCAGAAAAAAGCCCACGAAAAAGAGAUUACGGGUUUAUCACUGAGUUCAUUCUGCCCUGGCUUGUUGGUGACAACUUGUGAAGAUAGUGUAAUCAAAGUUUGGGACGUUCUUGAUAUCCACAAUGUGGAUUUUAUUUUUGAGAAGAAAACAAACUUGGGGUCGAUUCAAUGUUUGGCCUCCAGCCCUGACAGCCCAUUCUUAUUUGCCUCCGGAGGUGACAACAAGUCCCACAACUACAAGGUCUGGGAUCUGAUGGAGAUCACUGCUGUCUCCGAUCGAUUCAAAGGUAGAAAAUUGAAAUUUCCUGAUAAUACAUCACCAAAAAGUGAGAAUCGACAGGGAGAACUGAUGGAAGUCACUGAAGACAUGGAAUGUAUAACUCUGAAAGAUAAGAAAAAAUAAAAGACCUUCAAGAAAAUGAGUCAAUUCAACAAAGUUAGAUUUUUAUUUUCCUUUUGUUUUUCAUUGUUCACUACUUCAAUAAUUUACACCUAUGAGUUUCAUCGUACAUAUAAAAAAAAAAUACAAGUAUAUUUCCAUUCUGACCGAUUACCCCGAACAUAUUUAUUAUUUAUUGCAUUCUAUUUCCGAUUAUUGAUAUAUCAUAAAUGUAUAUCGAAUGUCAGAAAAAUAAAUUGAACAAAAAUACGGCAGUGUAAAUGCAUAGAUAUUAAAUUAUGCUGCUGCAUAUAAAAUUUAUACAGGAGUUUGAUUUGACCAUUUUGCUUUUGUAAUUGUCACCGAGUAGAAAAUUUGUGAUAUUGAGUAGAAAUAAAGGAAAUUGAAAACUGAAUAAUUCGAUAUUAUUACACAAUGUAUCCUUGGCUAAUCGUAAUAAAUUAUUAUUCCUAUAAACUUUAAUAACUAUCAUUAAUGUGUAAUUUUAAUACACAUCACUAACUAGCUAGACACCCUCCCUGCUGAAUCAACAAAAAUGUGUACGUACAUUAUAAUUAGAUGAUUAUUUCACAAGAAUCAUUACAAUUAAAUAUUAA